AUGCCAUCCCACUUCGACACCCUACAAGUCCAUGCUGGUCAAACUGAUCCAGAAUCAAAACCCCAUGGUGCCAGAGCUCCUCCCAUCUAUGCCACCACUUCCUACGUCUUCAAGGACUCCAAGCAUGGUGCUGACUUGUUCGGUUUAAGAGUCCCCGGCUACAUUUACUCAAGAAUCAUGAACCCAACCACUGAUGUCUUUGAACAAAGAAUCGCUGCUCUAGAAAAUGGUGCUGCUGCCGUCGCUACUGCCUCUGGUCAAGCUGCUCAAUUACUAGCCAUCACUGGUCUCUGUCACUCCGGUGACAACUUUGUCUCUGCCUCUUAUCUUUACGGUGGUACCUACAACCAGUUCAAAGUUGCUUUCAAAAGAUUUGGUAUCCAAGCCAGAUUUGCUGACGGUGACAACCCAGAUUCAAUUGCAAGUUUAAUUGACGAAAAGACUAAGGCAAUCUACAUUGAAAGUAUUGGUAAUCCCAAAUACAACGUCCCAGACUUUGAAAAAAUUGUCAAAAUUGCUCACGACAACGGCAUCCCUGUCGUUGUUGAUAACACCUUUGGUGCCGGUGGUUUCUUUGUCAAACCAAUUGACCAUGGUGCUGAUAUUGUUGUCCACUCUGCUACCAAGUGGAUUGGAGGUCAUGGUAACACUAUUGCCGGUGUGGUCAUCGACAGUGGAAAAUUCCCCUUCAAGGACUAUCCAAAGAAAUACCCCCAAUUCUCCGAACCAAGUGAAGGUUACCACGGUUUGAUCUUGAACGAAGCCUUUGGCAACUUGGUCUUUGCUUUCCACGUUAGAGUCGAAUUGCUCAGAGAUUUGGGUCCUGCUUUAAACCCAUUUGGCUCUUUCCUCCUCAUCAAUGGUUUAGAAACACUAUCCCUCAGAGUCGAAAGACAAGGCAGCAACACCUUAGCCUUAGCCAAAUGGCUAGAGGCCUCAGACUACGUCUCCUGGGUCUCCUACCCUGGUUUGCCAUCUCACCCAUACCAUGCAAAUGCUAAGAAGUAUCUUAAAAACGGUUUUGGUGCUGUCUUAUCCUUUGGUGUCAAACCCUUCAAAGACCAAGUCACUAACAAAAUCGUUGAACUCGAAGACCCAUUCAAAGAAAGUGCUGCUGUUUUCGUCGAUGGUACCAUAUUAGCCUCCAACUUGGCCAACGUUGGUGAUUCAAAGACCUUAGUCAUUGCUCCAUACUUCACCACCCACGAACAAUUAAGUGACGAAGAAAAAGUAAAGAGUGGUGUCACCAAAGAUUUGAUCAGAGUCUCGGUUGGAACUGAAUUCAUUGACGAUAUCAUUGCUGAUUUCCAACAAUCCUUAGAAAAGGCUUUUGCUAACUACACCUACUAA